UGAUUCUUAAGGUGGCAUUAAAUCUUGAAUAUAUGUAGGUACUAGGUAUGUACAGAUGAUGUAUGCAAGUAGUUGUUUUGCUCCGUUUUUAUGUACCUGGUUAGUGUGGUUAUAUACUUGUUUUGUUUGUAUGUAUGGGUUGUCUACACCGAGUAGGAGACGUCAUGUCUCAACACCAACCAUGGGUUCUCUAGUGUACCUAAUAGUGGCAUCGACGCCACUGCUUGCUUUCUCUCUCUCUCUCUCCUUUCACCUCCCCUCUCCUACCUCCUGCCAGCAUGUAAGCAUCGUAGAUAGGAGCUUCCCCCCUGGGGUCCUUCUUAAAGGAGGACCUACUAUCCUCGUCCGAUAUUUCAAUUAGUAGAACACAACAGGCAACUAUAACAUGACAACGUGCCUCCCCCCCAUCGAUAUGUUGCACAUUGAAGACUUGAUACCGCCCUGCCCAAGCCCCCCUUGGCCCCCUCGCUCGAACGCCAUUCCAUUUGCAUGGUAAAUACACGCGUGGUCCUCAUAAAAAAAAUGCAUCCCGCUUGAUACACAUUAACAAUAACAAUAUUUGC